AUGGUGAAAGGUUUUGGUACAAUUGAUGAAUGUGGUGUUGGCUUGUUUCAUACAUGUUCAUGUACACAUGAAGCAAUGACUGGGUGUGGUGCAAAAUGCGAAAAAACGGUACAGGAAUGGGUAAGAUCGGGAUGUCCUGGUGGACUUUUUGGUCUUAAACGUGGACACAUUAUGAGUCAUCAUCAUGGAGAUUGUCAAAAAGGCUACGGCUCUAAACGAUAUACAUGUCCUUAA